AGGACUUUAAGAGAGGGAACAGCAAGGGCCAGAGGCUCCAGGCCAAGGUUACGGAUGGCGGAGUAGCUGGGUACACAAGCCGGCAGAGGUAGGGGUGCAGGGCUGGAGGAUGGUUGGUAAGGGGCGUGCAGUGGGCAGGGCCACGGCGAGGAAUUUGAAUUUUGUUCCACUGCCAGGGGAAGCCACUGGAGGCUUUAAGCAUGACAGUGACAUCAUCUAACUUAGGCUUUUAAAAGAUCUCUGUGCUGUGUCCCUCCCACCCGCUCUCCACCAAAUCUCCGGCCCUAGCCUGGCUCCUGCGCCAAAGCGGGUGUUUCAAGUAUUCAUGUUGCAUGAAAGGAGGCUCUGACUUCCUGUGUGACCUGGCGGUGGCCACUUCUUUCCCCAGAUCUUAGUUUCUUUACCCGAAAGACAGCCAGCGGGAAUUUCAUGCCUGAAUGGGUGGGCGGCCCGGAAUUUAGGGUACCCGCCUCCCCAGGCAGCCCCGGAGAGGCGGGUCCCGCACUCCAAGGAGAAAAGGAGGAGUCUUCCCGCCCCGGGACCCGAGCGCAAGCCCGGCGGCCCCGCCCCACCUGGACCGCGGGGCUCUGGGAUGCUGCAGCCGCGGGGGCGGGACCCGCAGGCGAUCACCAGCGCCCCCUUGCUUGGAUUGGGCGCGGCCGUGACUGGAGCCGUACGAUUGGUCGAUUGCGAGGCAGGGGCGGGGCCUGGUUCCUGCAACGGGGCGACAGGGGACUCGGCCAAAGCCCGGGAAGCUGCUGCGGGGGCGAUGGCCGCGCCGAGCCCCGGGCCCCGCGAGGCCCUGGCCCUCUCCCCGGAGGCUGGACAAAGAGCAGCCACCUCGAACUCCAGCCACCGCCGUGGCCUCUUUUGGCGCCUACGGGACAAGCAGACUCGCCUGGGGCUGUUUGAGAUCGGCCCGAGGCAUGAGCUCCACGGGCUGGCGAGCAUGAUGCAGGCAGGGCUGUGGGCUGCCACCCAGGCCUCCAUAGACCACCCACCCACGCCCUCAGAUUUCAGCUCAGAGCUCACCUCCCCCAAGAAGCCUUUUCUGGCCUGCUGCUCCCAGGCUCCAUCUCCCAGCUUCAGGGCCAUCUCCUUGUGCUGGGACAGAACUGGCUUCCGUUGGCCGACAUGUGACCGAGGGCAUGUGCCAGGCUUGAGUUCAGAGCCUGGUGCUGCCGACCCAGCUGGGCUGCCCACUCAGGAAGAUUUUUCUGAGGUCCUGACCCAGGUUCAUGAGGGCUUUGAGCUGGGCACCCUGGCCGGCCCGGCCUUUGCCCGGCUGCGUCGCUCCCUGGGCGUGGCGGAGGAGGACUAUCAGGCUGCGCUGGGCCCCGGGGGCCCCUACCUGCAGUUCCUCAGCACCUCCAAGAGCAAGGCCAGCUUCUUCCUGUCCCACGACCAGCGCUUCUUUCUCAAGACCCAGCGGCGCCGGGAGGUGCAGGUGCUGCUCGCCCACCUGCCCCGCUACGUGCAGCACCUGCAGCGGCACCCGCACUCGCUGCUGGCGCGGUUGCUGGGAGUGCACAGUCUGCGGGUGGCCCAGGGGAAGAAGAAGUACUUCAUCAUCAUGCAGAGCGUCUUCUACCCCGCCGGCCGCAUCUCCGAGAGGUACGACAUCAAGGGCUGCGAGGUGAGCCGCUGGGUGGAGCCGGCCCCCGAGGGCAGCCCCCUUGUCCUGGUGCUGAAGGACCUCAAUUUUCAGGGCAAGACCAUGAACCUGGGGCCGCAGCGGAGCUGGCUCCUGCGUCAGAUGGAACUGGACACCACCUUCCUCCAGGAGCUGCGAGUGCUGGACUACAGCCUCCUCAUGGCCUUCCAGCGUCUCCAUGACGACGAGCGGGGCCAGAGUGGCAGCGUCAUCUUCCUCGUGGCCAGGUCUGUGCACGGGGCGCAGAUCCCAGAAGAGGCGGGCUCCCAGAACCGGCGGCUGCUGCCCGAUGGCCCCAACGCGCUGCACGUCCUGGACGGGCCCGAGCACCGCUACUUCCUGGGCCUCGUGGACCUUGCCACCGUCUACGGGCUUCGCAAGCGGCUGGAGCAUUUAUGGAAGACGCUGCGUUACCCGGGUCGGACCUUCUCCACCGUCAGCCCGGCCUGCUACGCCCGGCGCCUCUGCCAGUGGGUCGAGGCGCACACCGAAUGAGCGGUGCCUGGCCUCAGUCUCCCCAUCCGGACAAUAGGUGCUCGCCAGGAGCUCCAGUGCCCACUGCGCCGGGGCAACUCGCCUGCUGUUCCUGCCGGCGGCCAACAGAGGGCAGCGUCCCCUAACAAAUGCUGUGACCGCGCAGCCCCGUUUGGUGGUGGAGCUGUGUGCCCCACGCUGCUCUGAGGAUGCCCCGCAUUAGCGCAUUUAAUCUUCAAAAUGCUAUUAUUCUCUCUCUACAGACCUUGAAGUGGAGGCUCAGGGAGUGAAGGGACUGAGCACCAUCAUGCAGCACUAAUGCUGGACCAGGCUGCGCCUUGCCUUAUGGCCCCAGGAGUCUGUGUUCUCAGCCCUCAGCUCCUGCAGCCCCGGCCUCAGGCUCUGGGGCAGGGGAGGCCGAAGGCUCCGCCCCUGGUCGUCCAGAUGGGGAAACUGAGGCCCGGAGACUCUGAGGGGCUUAUGCACGGAAACUCCAGCCUGGUCCCCGGCCCCAAUCCAAACUCCAAUCCAGCCAUACCCAAGGAGGCUUCUGCUUCAGAGCUGCCCUGGAGCCUGGCUGUGUGACCAGGGCAAGGUGCUAAACCCCUCUGUGCCUCAGCAGUCUUGUGCGCGCCAUGGAAGGGAUGAAAACGGACCUCACCAACUCAUUAAAUAUUUAUUGAGC